AGUAAUUUCAAGAGAACGUGCAACCAAAAGCAACAGUUUCUCCGUAAAAAGAUAUUACAAAUAGCUGUAUAUAUUGAAUAUAUAUAGGCAAAACUCUUUGUGACGUGGCAACCAACCACAAUUCAAUCGAUUGCAAUCACAAGGAAAACGCAUUGUCAUUGUCCGAUUUCAUCAGAUUCUUGAAACGCACAAUUUCCAUGUCGCAUAUUGAUAACUUAUUUAAUCAGGUGCGUUCGCUUCUGCAAUCGCAGGCUAUUAAGCUAUGGGAGGAGCCCUAUUAUUCCGAAGACCUUGGCAGCAUUGAGGCCUCCAUAGAACUGCUGGCAGAUGAGUUUAGUGACAAGCUGGGCAUCGAUGCCUCACGUUGCAAGUGCGUCAUCGUCGAGUUGCAGGACAAUGCACUGCGCAAACUGGCGGCACGUCGCGAAUUCAAUGAGACGGGUCUGGCCACGUUCAAGGUGCGUCGCAUUGACAAUCGCAAUGGAACAACCAACAUUUUGGACAUCAAGUGCGACCUGAAUGAACUCGGCUCCUCGCUGCAAGCGGCGAUUGCCGCCAAGCUCCAACUGAGCGAUGCCAACCACGUCAAGUGCAUCUCCGCCGGACGCAUUGUCUCCCCCAAUGCCACGUUGGCAUCGCAGCAGCUCAAGAACAAUCAGCAGCUCAUCGUCAUCAUCGGACAGGGCGACAAUCACAAUGGAGCACUCCACGAUCGCAUCAACAAGAUCAAGGAAGAUGUCGAGGCUGUCGUUGCCUCACAGAAUCAACUCAUGGAGAUGGAGGAUCAGGAUGGCAAUCCCGUCUUCCUGCCGCCCAACGAGAAUCGAGCACUCUUGACGGGCAUGGGUUACUGUGAGAAGGCGCGAUCGGCGAUGCAUCGGGAGGAUUACGAGGAGGCGCUGCUCUUGUUGUUGGAGGCGGAUGAGCAAUUCAAUACCUGUAAUUCCAAGUUUCUCGAGUCGGUGGAUAACUAUGCGCUGAUCAAUCUGGACAUUGUGUGGUGUUAUCUCUGCUUGAGAAAUGUCUCUCAGUUGCCGGAUGCAGAUCGUCGCCUCAACAUUUGUGAGCGGAGCUGUCGCAGCUACGGGGAGAAUUAUUCGCGUCUGUAUGCGCUGAAGGGACGCGGUUGUCCGGAGCGUGCGUUGAUCAUGCGGCUGCAGUUGCUCCAAGGUGUUGUGCUCUUUCACCAGAAUCGUCGGGAUGCUGCCUAUGAGAGAUUCGAGGCUGCGGCCGCCGUACUCAGCGAGCUGAAGGUGAACGACGAACAGCUGCUGUUGCUGGUCGAAAUGGGAUUCGAUGUAAGCGAUGCCCGUCUGGCGUUGCGCUCCAGCUCCGGCAACGUGGAGCGUGCGGUGCAGUUCAUCCAACAGCGGAAACAGCAGCUGUCCGAUGCCAGGACUCAAUCAAAGGCGGAGCGAGCAAUGCAUCGCCGCUAUGCCAAGCAGGCAACCAAAGAUAGCGACUGGGUGAAUCCCCGCAGUGUUUGCACCCUCACCGAAAUGGGAUUCGAUCGUCGCCUCGCUGCGGAGGCCUUGAAGCGCACCGAAAACGAUGUGCCACGUGCGGUGGAGUUGCUGCAAACAGGCUCCGCUGAGCUGGGGGCCACUUUACCCGCUGCCGAGAGUGCUGACAAUGUGCAGUUGGCUGCACUGCUUCAACUUGGAUUCCUGGAGCCCGCAGCACGUGCUGCCUUGGAGUCGACACGCAACAAUUUGACGCAGGCAACGGAUUUCCUGCUGAAGGCCAUACAGAGUGAGGAGGAGUUGCUGCAAACCGUUGAGCGGGUUACAAAACUGGCCACAACUGGCACUGAUGGCAUGGCAUCGACUUCCCAGGGGGCAGUACCGCCCGCCUCCUUAAUAGAUACCGUGCUGCAGAAGGCCAAGGCCGAGAUAGAUGCCUAUCAGGCGUACAAGCGUCUUCAUGCGGAUUUGUCGGGCAAUGAUCAGGAUUAUUUGGAUUUGCCGCUGCUGCAGGAGGAGCAGCUGCUGGCCGAGUAUCGCAAUUUACUCGAGCAGUGAAUACGCUCUUUCCCAGCAGCUGCAGCUCCAAGCAAUUCAAUUUGAAUUGAUUUGGUUUCAAUUCAAAUUCAACUUGAUUCAAAUUGUUGUUAGUCUCUAAGCAUUUUGAAUUUAAUUACAUUCGUUACGGCGGCUGCGACACGCCUCGAUUAAAAAAUACAAAAAAAAAAAUUCCAAACAAUAUAGGAAUAGAAAUAAAAAUAACCGGUUUAUCAUCUGUAGAUAACUGUAAUCAUGACUUGUAUAUUGCAAAUCGUUGACUUAUAAUGAUACUUAAGUGG